GGGGGGGGGGCGGAGGGAGUAGAGAGAGAGAGGGCAGUGUUGGGUGGGGGGCGCGUUUUAACCAAAUCGGACUACAACUCCCGAAGUCCUCUGCGUCUGUGCACAUGCGCAGAGCUCGCUGGCCGAAGCCGUCGCGCAUGCUCCGUGUCUCGCGUUGAGCGCUAUCAGCUGAGCUGAGGGAUGAACAGAAAUAAAAAUGAUGAAGAAGAUUAUUGGAACAGCACCAAAUGCAAAGCUUUUAUCUUUGAUGACGAUGACGAAUUUACACAGCUGAAGGAGUCUAAGCGUGCGGUGAACAAUCUCCGGAGGAUUGUGGAUGAUGAUGAAGAUGAUGAGGACGACGAUGAUGUGGAAAAGGUCACCUGGAGCGGCGAGCGAGUGGGAAGUAUCGCAUGGUCAGUUAAGGAAAACUCAUUGAGCACUCGGGCGUCCGAGAUCCGGGAUGAAGGAUUUGCCAGAUCCCAAUCCAGCCAUGCACAGUCGGCAGUCACCAAGCCCCUCUCCACCUAUUCUCUGAGCAGCUUUUUCAAAGGAAGAAACCGGGAGCCUCCCCCAGGUUUCUAUGGGAGCAGUAGGCCAGGGAGCUUCCUGUCGCUUUCGGAUUCAGUCAUCGGUUCCGGGAGCACGAACAUAGCUCCCGACCUUCGGAAAUCCAAGUUUGACUACAAGGACAGUGUGAUUGAUUGGAACGCCCUGGAGACAGUCAGACGGAUGCAGAAGGCCAAGCCGUACUCCCUGGAAAAGUUUCGCUCCUUGAAAGACAAGCUACAGCUUGUGGAUGAGGCCGUGCGGACGCACGAUGGAAACGUUAUCACGGCGGUGCUGAUAUUUCUGAACAAAACGUUAAGCAAAGAGGUGCUCUUUCCCGAGCUCGGCCUCAGGCAGGGCGCUCUGAACCACUUCAUCUGUUACCUGAAAGAGAUGGGCAGAGAGAAGGUGCUGAUGGAGCUACUCAGAGCGCUGGGGAGAACAGAAGAGGCAGCGCUCCUGCACUACAAGCAACAUCUAAACAUCACGGACCAAAUUAAGAAAACCGACUUCGUAAAGAGCUGCAUCGGGUUUUCAUUCGCACCCGAUGAUGCCACACACGUUGAAGAUCACUACACACUGCUGGACAGACAGCUCAUCAUUGAGGCGAACGACAAACGCAUUGAGGCAGCAGGACAGAUGGACAUCUUUAAGCGUUAUCCGAGGAAGGCCUCCAUUCUCAAUAUGCCGCUGAUCACCACACUUUACUACGCCUGCUUCUACCAUUAUGGAGAGUCAGAAGGCACGUUCAGUGGCCCAGGAAACCUGAGGAAAACCUUCAAAAUUUCUGACAAGCAGUACGUGUUGACGGCUCUGGCAGCCCGAGUGAAGCUCAAAGCUUGGAAUGACGUUGAUCUGCUUUUUACUACAAAGAACUGGCUGGGUUACACCAAGAAAAAAGCCCCCAUUGGGUUCCAUCGAGUUGUGGACAUCUUACACAAGAAUAAUGCUCCGGUUAAGAUUCUCCAGGAGUACAUCGCUCUGGUGGAUAACCCAGAACUGAAGCUAAAUCUUGCCACAAAGUACAAGUGCCACGACAUUGUGAUUGAGAGCUACAAGGACCUGAAAGACCGACAGCAGCUGUUGAUGUACCGAAAAAANGUGGACAGGGGCUCGGAGGAGGAGCGGAAGAUAGAUAUUAUUCUGAACAAUUCCCAAAUCCGAUGGAAGAACUGACCCGACAGAGCCGUCAACCUUUUGAGGUGCAAGGAGCGACAACAGUCUUCCAAACGCGAUUCUAGAUUGAAAGCUGUGAAACCGAAGGAGCUUGAGGAUUAACACAGCAGAACGUGUGCUCUGUGACAGCGCCAUUUCCACCCCCCACCCCCAAGGACCCCCUCCCCCCCACCACCAACCGGUAAUGGUGACCUAGAAUUCCAGUUCCCUCUCCCACGUGUUUAGACAUUUUUGUUUCGGUCGACCGGGUAUCUUGACACUGUCCGACAAGGAAACCCAUCACCUGAAGUGUUCAAAUCAAACUGAAUUUAAACGCUUAAUUCCCAUCAGGUUUGUACAUUUUUGAACGGUUAUACGCAUGGGUUUUAUGAAGCUGGGGCAGUGGGGAGACAUUCCAUUGGAGACGGACAGGUCUAGGAGCUGAAAAUGCCAAAAUGUUCCAGAUUUGAGGAGAUGAGAUGUGCUUCCAAGAAUAUCGGGCGUCGCACUGUCUAGUUUUCGCCAUGAGGCGGCGCUGUCGGUCUGCGGUUGUGAAUGGAGUACCGCCAUAUCAUAGAAUCUUACAGCACAGAGGAAGGAGGCCAUUCGGCCCAU